GCGUGGUCUCGUGCUCUUCGUGCGGGUCUGCUGUGAACAUGGCUGUUUGCUGCACCGAGAUGGUGCUGGCCGCUCUGGGGCUGUUCAGUGUCUGUGCGGCCAGCAGCUCCGGAUCCGGGGCUUCGGGAAAGGAGGGUGGGGAAGCAGAGUGGAUGGAGCCGUGGGACGGCACGGUUUUCCGGCCACCAGCUGCGCUAGGCGCCGUGGGAGUGGCGCGCGGGCCGGAAUCUCCGUCGCCAGGGAGCACUGAGACGGCGGACCUACCGGUACUGCUGUGGUGGAGCCCAGGCCUGUUUCCACACUUUCCGAGCGACUCCGAGCGCAUAGAGUGUGCCCUCGGUGCAUGCGUGGCGUCCCGGGACCGGCGGGCGCGCGCCGACCCACGGACGCGCGCACUGCUCUUCUACGGCACGGACUUCCGUGCAGCCGACGCACCCCUGCCACGCUUGGCUCACCAGAGCUGGGCACUCCUGCACGAGGAAUCGCCUCUCAACAAUUUCUUGCUGAGCCACGGCCCUGGCAUUCGCCUCUUCAACCUCACGUCUACCUUUAGCCGUCACUCGGACUACCCACUGCCGCUGCAAUGGUUGCCCGGGGCUGCCUAUUUGCUCCGGCCUGCGCCUCCGCUCCGAGAACGCGCCGAAUGGCGUCGCCGCGGGUACGCGCCGCUGCUCUACUUGCAGUCCCACUGCGAUGUGCCCGCGGACCGCGACCGCUACGUACGGGAGCUCAUGCGCUACAUUCCGGUGGAUUCCUAUGGCAAGUGCCUUCAGAACCGCGAGCUGCCCACUGUGCGGUUACAGGACACAGCCACAGCCACCACCGAGGAUCCAGAACUCUUGGCCUUUUUGUCCCGCUAUAAGUUCCACUUGGCCCUGGAAAAUGCCAUCUGCAGUGAUUACAUGACAGAAAAACUGUGGCGCCCUAUGCAUCUGGGUGCUGUGCCUGUGUAUCGCGGUUCACCCUCUGUGAGGGACUGGAUGCCCAAUAACCACUCCCUCAUCCUAAUUGAUGACUUCGAGUCCCCUCAAAAGCUGGCAGAAUUUAUUGACUUUCUGGACAAAAAUGAUGAAGAGUAUAUGAAAUACUUGGCGUAUAAGCAACCAGGGGGCAUCACCAACCAGUUUCUUCUGGAUAGCCUGGAGCACAGGGAGUGGGGAGUGAACGAUCCUAUGUUACCUAACUACCUCAAUGGCUUCGAGUGUUUCGUCUGUGACCAUGAACUGGCUCGGCUGGAAGCCGAGAAGGCACAUAUAUCCUCUCCUGGGGACAUUCCUGUCCCCGAGCCUCACAUUGCCCAGCCCUCACACAUGAACUGUCCGAUGCCUACUCCUGGCUUUGGCAAAGUCGAAGAGAUUCCUGAGAAUGACAGCUGGAAGGAAAUGUGGCUACAGGAUUAUUGGCAAGGUCUCUAUCAGGGGGAAGCUCUCACUGCCAUGAUCCACAACAAUGAAACACAACAGAGGAAAUUUUGGGAUUACGUACAUCAGAUCUUCAUGAAAAGAAAUAAAAAUCUCUAACUGCUCUUGCAAAAACCUUGA